AUGGCCGGUUUGAAGUUGCGAGGCAAAAGACUGCGGAUAGCACUGGCACUCACGGGCGCGGCAGCCUGGAUCCUCCAAGGCUACGAUCAGGCGUUGAUGAAUGGUCUCUUGACUCUUCCCACUUUUGUUAAGCAGUUUCCGGAGAUUGAUACAAGUACAUCUGCGCUGAAGAGUCAGCAUUCUACGCUUCAAGGCACUGCCGUGGCACUUUACGAAGUUGGCGCCGCGUUUGGUGCAUUAGCCUGCUUCUUCUUCGGAGAGAAGUAUGGAAGAAAAUGGACGACCUUCGGCGGAGCGGUCGUCGUGCUCAUUGGUGUCAUCCUGCAAUCUACGGCCUACUCACUCGCACAACUCAUCGUGGCUCGCAUCAUCACAGGUCUUGGAGUCGGGUCUUUCACGGCCACAGUACCCACCUGGGUGGGAGAAAGCUCAGAUGCUCAUCAGCGUGGAGGUCUCAUCAUGCUCGAAGGCUCUGCAGCCAUCUUUGGAGUCAUGUUCGUCGGCUGGCUUGAGUUUGGGCUCUACUUUGCUCGUCAAUCAAGUGCGAGUUUCCGGUUUCCGAUCGCUUUCCAGGCAUUCUUUCCCAUUACCGUGAUGAUCAUGGUGCCCAUGCUUGAAGAAUCACCACGGUGGCUAGCGGGCAAAGAUCGAUUCGAAGAGGCAAGACUGGUCCUGGCGAAGCUCGAAGACGAAUCCGAGGACUCUGCCUUCGUGGCCGAACAAUUACUCUCCAUCCGACAAUCCUUGGAAGUAGAGAGUCAAGGACAUUCAAGCAGCCCUUUCGCGAGAACCAAGAAUCGGCAUCUCAAUCGCACUAUUAUUGCCAUCGGAGUCAAUGUCCUCGCUCAGCUUUCUGGAGUCAACGUAAUUACGUUCUAUUCCAACACAAUCCUCCAACAGCGACUCGGGUAUAGCGCAGUACUCUCUCGAAUCAUUUCAAGCUGCUUGCAAACUUGGCAAUUCCUCAUGGCAACCUCAGCCGUGUUUCUGAUCGAUCGCUUUGGAAGACGUAAGCUGCUCAUCACCGGAGCAUUCCUCAUGUGCGUCGCGAACGCUGGGCUCGCAGGACUCCAGUCGGACCCCACAAACAGAACCGCCGCAGGCUGCAGUCUCUUGUUCUAUUUCCUGGCUCUCGCAGCUUUCCCAAUUGGCAUGUUCCUCAUCCCGUUCAUGUACAGCAGCGAGAUCGCACCUCUCCGCAUCAGGGCAAAGGUGACCGCAAUGUCUGGGUGCAGCAAUUGGCUUUUCAACUUCAUGGUGGCCGAAGUGACGCCUAUCGCGUUCGACUCUAUUCAAUGGAAGUACUACCUGGUUUAUGUUUGCACGAAUUUGCUCUCAGUGGCUGUCUUCUACCUGUUCUUACCGGAGACCAGAAACGGAUCGUUGGAGGACAUCGAUGCGUUCUUCGUUCGCUCAACGAAUCCUUUACAACCGGUCAAAGUGGCGAAGAUGCUGCCAGAGGAUGUUCCUGUCUAUCUUGAAUCGACUGAAAAGGGCGCAAUGCAAGCAGAGCAGGUGGAGAAAAUCUGA